AUGUCAGAUAAUAUACAUCGCUCAUUUACCACAUCAGUUGAGCAAGCAGUAUCUUCUACGAUAAGUGAACAAAAAGCACUUUUUGUUUAUCUAGUCACUUCAACUUAUACGGAAAACACGGACACCUUUUUACCCAAGUUUAUUGAUGACCAAACAACCGCAAUAAUAAAAUCAAACUUCAUUUUGUUGAAGUUAACCCAAAAUACCGUUGAAUUUGGAUAUUUCAGUCAGCUAUUCAAAGAUUUGAUAGUUCCUAGUUUUUAUAUUGUGAAUGAGGGGAAGAUCGAGGCAGUGAUUUCCAACGACACGACAAAGGAGGAGUUUAUCAAAAUAAUUGGAAAAUUAACAAAGAAAGUGAAAUCCAGUGAUAAUGUGUCUACACGUGAGAACAUAAGUAAUGAAAAUAACGUUGUCAUUGAAAAUCUGGCUCGCAACAAUUCUCAGUCCAGUUCAGAUCAUGAUAAAUCGGUACGGAAAUAUCAGGAGAAGGUGGCCAGAAUGAGACAGGAAAGGAUUGAAGAAAAGAAAAGAUUGAGGGCUUUAUUAGAGGCAGAUCAAAAGGAAAGAAAACUUAAAGAGCAAGAAAAUGCAAACGUAGAAUCAAAACUAUCUGUCCACUCUCCAUCAAGUAGAAAAACUUCGACAUCCUCAACUAAUUCAUGUGUUUUAUCCAUUAAACUAUUUGACGGAAGUACAAUGAAAUGUGAAUUCAAAUCCCAGGACACGUUAAUUGAUGUAAGAAAAUGGUUAGAUUCUGAGGUUGAAAUCAUUCCACCUGCGAAAAGUAUGCCGUCUUUUGCUACUACAGCUUAUCCAUAUCCAACAGGAUACGCUUUCCAUCGUCCUGCAUUACCUCGUGUUACUUAUCUGGAAGAGCAAGAAUCCAACACUUUGGCCAACUUGGAUUUAACACCUAGAUCAGCUUUAAUUUUGAAACCUACGUAUAAUGAGGUGGACUCAGACAAACCAGACAAUGACGUCGGAAAAACAGGUAUUUUCCGUAGCUUGUUAAAUGUUUUAUUCAGCUUAGGUACUACAAUUUUUUCAGUUUUCUCCUAUGGCAUUAAUGCUCCACAUAACCAAGAACAUCGUGAUAGUUCUCCUCGAUACGAUCACCGUGAUGCUGAUAAUUUGCAGUCUAGUGAGGAUGACCAAUCAAUUAACAUUCAUCGACCUCCAAUUGCUGGUCAUCCAGGACUGUUGAUGUUUGAGAGCACAUCUGCUUCAUCCUUGUUGUUGAAUAUUGAACCUAACGUUGAUGAGACUAGCGGAGAUGUCAUGAGGCCACAUUCACCACCUAUACCUAUUGAAUCGCAUUUCAAUCAACAUUCCCAACAAGCGUAUUCCACAGCUUCUAAUAUCAACAGUCGUCCAACAACACCGGGUUCUCGAUCUUUAAGGAAAAUGCCAACUGUACAUGGCGAUUCGAUGGAAACAUCUAGUAAUAAGGAAAAAACCCAUAAGGUAGAUACUUAUAACGGCAAUAGUAUCAAUGUAAAUGAAAGAGAUGAUGAAAACUCAAGAGAUUGA